AUGCUGCGCGACUGCACCAACGCCGCCAGCAGCGGCGCGUCGCUGGCCUGCGCGCGCUGCGGGCGGGACGGCUGCGCCUGCCAGGGCCUCGCAGACUUUGUGAGAUUUGACGGCCUCUGCUCCGGCGACUACCACCCCGAUGACGUGGCGCGGACGCGCUGCUUCGUGUGCGGCGGGCUCGGGCACCUGUCGUGCAAGCCGACCCCUCUCGACCUGCCACAGCCCAGCUGUUACAACUGCGGCGACCAGGGCCACACGGCGGCGGCGUGCCCCCAGGCGCUGCCCCCGCAUCUCAAAGCGGAGCGCGCGGCCUCCACACGGCAGCGCGCACUUGAGCAGAUGCAGGCGCAGGCACAGGCGCAGCUGCAGUUCGGCCAGCGCGGCGGCGGCGGGGGCCAGGGCUAUGGUGGCGGCGGCGGCGGCGGCGGCGGCGGUCAGGCCUGGCGACAGGGGGGUGGGGUGGUGCGCAAUGGCGACUGGUUUGGCGGCUUCCCGGGGACGGGUCGGCAGCAGCUGCAGCAGGACCGGCAGCCCUACGCGCAGCAGCAGCGGCAGCCACCUCAGCAAGUGCAGCACUGGCAGCAGGGGCAGCAGAGCUGGCAGCAGCAGCCGCAGCAGCAGCAGCACUGGCAACAGCAACCCCAGCAGGCGUAUGGGCAAGGGUAUCCACAGCAGCAGCAGCAGCAGCAGCAGCAGCAGCGGCAGCAGCAGUACUGGCCGCAGCAACAGCAGCAGCCAGGUCCCAACACAACAGAUGGUUCCAGGGGCCACGGGGCCUAUGGCGGUGCCGCAGGGUACGGCAGAGCGCGCGACCGCUUUUCGUAUGGCUGA